AUGGGCGGAAAUCAGAGCAAGUCCUCGAGGGGCAAUGCUACGCUCGCGGGCGCCAUUCACGGCGUUCCUGGUAUCGUCCAGCGCCUUGACAACGGCGACUCCAGGAGCCUGACGGGGACGUCCCGCGAGGUGCGGGACGCGGCGGUGCGGCACCAUCCUGCUACCCUGGAGGUGACUGUCGACUCGCUGCGGGCUCUGGUGCGUCGCCCCGAGCAGCUCGGGGACGUGCUGACGGUGAACUAUGACGGCCUGUGUGUGCCGGCUGGUGACGCCGGGAAGCUGCUGGCAGCGCUCGAGGGCUGCAACAUGGGGAACCUGGAGGCCGCAGGGAAUCCCGCAGACCACGUGCGGGCGAUGCGGAGGGUACUGGAGAGGUCGAUCCAGAAUCUGACGCCCCUGCAUGUGGUCUCCUUGCACCUGGACGUCCCGCUACCAGGAAUGCAGUCGGGCGGCGCCGGCAUGGCUGGCUUUGAGUCGGAGCUCGUGGCGCUGCGGCAGGUGAUAUGCCAGCUGCAGCAAGCGACCGGGCGUCAGGCCACCCAGGUGGUGUUUGAGGCCUUCCGCUGCACGGUGACGACGAGGGCGACGGCGGAGGCGUUCGAGGUCGUGCGGCUGACGGGAUGGUGCAGCACCCCGAGUCUGACGGGCGUUCUGGGGGCGCAUCACGGCACGCUGGAGGAGCUGGACGUGACGGGUGCAUUCGACCUGGACGGCGACUACUGGCUGCCGGUGCCGGCGGAGGUGGUCUCUGCGUGGGGCGACCUGUGGAGGUGGAUCGGGCGCGCUCGCAACCUGCGCGUGCUGCGGCUGGCACAGUCCGGCAUGACGCCCAACCUCGUCGACAACCCGUCGUUCCAGGAGUGCAUGGUGGACGCGCUGCUGGCCUGCGAGCAGCUGGAGGUGCUGCAGCUGCAGUACAACGUGCUGCCCGAGGCCGUGAUCACGCAGAUCAUGCCGCGGCUCGUCACGCUGAGGGAGCUGCGGCUGCGGUCGUGUGGCAUCAGCGACGAGGUCGCUGAGGUGCUUGCUGCGGGGCUGACCGAGGCGAGGGGUGGGACGCUGCGAGUCCUGGACCUGAACAACGUCUAUGCGCUCGGUGGUGCGGGAAGGGGGUACGAGAACGCGUUCAACCUCGCCGCAGCACUGCCCAGCCUCGCGCGCCUGCUGCGGUGUGGGCGGCUGGAAGAGCUGCACCUGUCGGGCGUCGGGCUGACGGACGGCGGCGCGUCGAGCCUGGCGGAGGCCAUCGAGGACGAGAGCUGCAAGCUGCGCGUGCUCGACGUGUCAAACAACAACAUUCAGGACGGUGCUGCCCUGGGCGCUGCGAUCGGUGCGAGCAGGACGCUGGAGGUGGUCAACCUGGACGGGAACUUCAUCGGCGACGAGGGCCUGAGCGCCAUCGGGCGCGGGCUGCAUCUCAGCAAGUCAAUCCGCGAGCUGUUCUUGUGCAGGCGCCCCUAUGCCGCGCUCAGCGGACCGUGGACCGAGGGCGCCCGGUCGCUCGGGGGGGGCCUGCGUCGCACGCGCUCGCUGCGCGUGCUGCGCAUCGACGGCUUCAGCUUCCAACCGGCGGACUACGCGGCGAUCCUCGACGGGCUUGCAGCGAACUCGUCGGUGGAGGUGAUGUCCAUGUACUACUGGGUGGGCAACACGGUGGACGACCGCGUGGCGAGGAUGGUCGCGGACAUGCUGCGGCGCAACAGGACGCUGCGGAGUCUCAACAUGCUGUGGGAGAACGUAACCACGCGCGGCCUUGCCGCCAUUGGCAGCGCGCUUCGGUCGGGCAAUGAGACGCUGCAGUACCUCAGCGUGAAGCGCGACGAGGACGGGCGGUGCCCGCUCAGGCUGGCUGCGGUCAGGAACUCCAAGGGCGCCGCCUUCGCCCGCUGGGUUGCGCUGGCUUCGUGGUCCGUGUGGGCGUUUUUGGAGUACAGGAAAGUGACGAAGGUGCUGAAGCAGCAACAUCGGGCCGCUCCGAGGGGCAGGGGCGCCGCCGGCAACGCUGACGGCACCUUGGAGGGCAAGGACACCCCAGCCCCUGUCCAGACCUCGAAGCUCGUCACCGCCGCGAGGGUGGCUGGCAUGGUUGGGGUCGAUGCAGGCCUGACUGUUUUGGAGAACCAUCUCAACAAUGCCUUGAUCAGGGGCCUGAUGGCCGGGCGCAAAGGCCCGACCGCGUAG